AUGUCUACCUCGCUUGAAGAGAAAAGAGCGGCUGCCGAGGUUGAGGUCCUCGAACAGGCUCGAUCAGAAGCUCGUCAUGUACCUGUCCACGAAAUCCCACUAGACCUGGACGAUCCACACAAGGCCGCUUUGGAAGACAAUCCGGAGAAAGCAGAGACCUUGACCUGGACGACUCUACUCGCUAUAGUGUCUCUAGCAUUCUCAUACGUCUGUCCAAUUUCUUGUGGCUUUACUCUGGUCACAGGAAUCUUGGUCCCCAUCGGCACCGACCUUGGUGACACUGAGCAUAUUUCUUGGAUCGUGGGUGGAUGGAGUAUUGCAUCCUCUGUGAGCUUCUCGCUUGCGGGUUCCUUGUCAGACGUCUUCGGUCGACGAUACACAAUUGUGGCUGGUGAAAUUAUUGCCAUUGUUGGCUCGAUUAUAGCAUGUACCGCCAAAUCCACACUCAUGCUUGUCGCCGCAUCGACCGUCAUUGGUUUCGGAUGCGGGAUCUGCUUUGUCAGCUACGCGUCGAUUCAGGAGCUUGUCCCUAACAAAUGGAGGGGACUACUGGGGCUUACUGAAUGUGCCAUGGUUCUUCCCUGGGCGCUGGCGGGGACGCUGAUAGCGACGACCCUGAAUGCUAACACGGCUGCGAAGUGGCGAUGGUGCUAUUACAUUGGCAUCAUUUAUGGCGUGUUAAGUUUGAUUGGGACCCUGGUCUUCUAUUGGCCCCCCACACGUCCACAGUAUGAUUUCCUCAAGUCCCGUUGGCAGCAAGUGAAGGAAGUCGAUUAUGUCGGCUUCCUCCUGUACACCGGAGGCCUUACGAUCUUUCUGAUCGGACUGACCUGGGCCGGGACCGAUGGACAUGCCUGGAAAUCGGCUUCUGUGAUUGCUCCCAUCAUUGUGGGUUUGCUGACUCUGGCUGCCUGUUUCGUCUACGACUUUACACUGGCAAAACAACCCUUCUUUCCAUAUUCUUUGUUUCGGCAAGUGCGCGAGUUUACCGUCCUUCUGGUCGUGGUCUUCGUGGCAGGCGUUGUUUUCUAUUCUUUCGCAGGCCUGCUACCUCAAGGGUCGCUCUAUAUGUUCACCAACGACCCCAUCCAGAUCGGUAUCAUCGCUCUUCCCAAUGGUUGUGCACAGCUUCUGUUUGGCGGCAUCGCAACCCUUUUCAUGGGCAAAGUCGGCCAUUUGAAGCUCCAGGUAAUUGUAUUGCUGGUAUUUCAGACGGUCUUUACAGCCGCUUAUGCUGGCGUGGUACCAUCUGACCGGGCGGGGUGGAUGGUGUUCCAGUUCUUUGGAAUGGGUCCUUUUGCCAUGAUUACUCUGCUCUGCUAUGUGAUUGCGGGACUGAAUGUGCCCUUGCGUCACUUGGGAAUUGCAUCCGGGUUGAUUGGGACAUUUCGCAGCGGUGGCGGGAGCGUGGGCAACGCAGUCUUCAACACGAUCCUCAACGGUGAGGUCAAGAGCGAGAUUCCAAAGAAGAUUGCAGAGGUCGCCACUGCUUACGGUCUUUCCUCGCAGCAACUCGCGGCUCUGAUCCCAGCCACGGCGCAGAAUGCUGUAGGCGUGCCAGGUGCCUUCGCCGCGGUUCCUGGAAUAACUCCAGCGAUUGAAGAGGCGGCGGCGACGGCAUACAGACAAGCGUACGCCUUCGCUUUCCAGAGAGUUUUCUACUCGUCUAUUCCCUUUGGAGUCAUUGCCAUCGUCUGUGCACUGUUUAUUAAAGACCCCUCUCAGUACCUCACCAACCACACUGCUGUCCACAUGGUCAGAGAGGGGGCACUUGGAAAGACUCCCCGGCAACCAUAUUCGGGAGUAGAGGAUGAAGCGAAGUCGGGCUCCAACACAGAUACACCUUCGGAGGGGCACUAG